CAGGUUUAUCACUUGUACUUAAAGAGAUAUCGGUCAAAAUACUUGUAAAAUUUACAACAUUUUCACUUUCUUCUACUCAUCUACAACUUAUCUCUGUUUUCUGAUGUCUCGACGAAGCACGCGGCUUGCGAAAAAGGCGGAGAAAAGUGUGUUUGAAGACAAUGAAAUUGCAUCGGAGCCAACUCAGCCAAGGCACUCGCCUACGAAGAAAACACGUCCAAAUCAUAACAAGAAAACGAAAGCUUUAACUUACGAAAAGUUUCCACAAGACGAAAAGCAUCUACCAGAAAAUUUCAUCCAAAUUAAGGAAGAAAAGAAUGUCUUAUCAGUUGAUAACGAGCAUUUCACAAGCACAUCCAGUCAUGCCAAGACAAAAGACCAAACAUCAGGUGACAAAAUUACUCAAGAAGACAAAUAUGUUGGUGCACAUGUGUCUAUAAGUGGUGGCUUACAUUUAGCUGCUGAACGUGCAUUGGAAAUAGGAGCUAAAUCAUUUGCUAUGUUUCUACGUUCACAACGACAGUGGAAUGCAAAGCCGUUAGACCCAAAAAAUGCAGACCUUUUUCGAAGUGCUUGCAAAGAAUUUGGCUUCUCUCCCCACGUUAUUUUACCUCAUGGUAUAUAUCUCAUGAACUGCGGAUCACCAGAGGCUGAGACUCUGAGUAAAAGUCGUCAAGUUUUGGUUGAUGAGUUAAAGAGAUGUGAAAUGCUAGGGUUGACAUUGUAUAAUUUCCAUCCAGGUUCAAGUUGUGGGAAGAUAUCAGUUGAUGAAUGUUUAGAUCUUAUUGCAGAAAGUAUUAACCUGGCUCAUCAGCAGACAAAAUAUGUUGUUACAGUAUUGGAGAAUAUGAGUUGUCAAGGAAACACGGUAAGAACAUUUAUUGUAUUCCUUGACCUUGACUAGAAAUUGUUGUGUUUAAAAC